ACAGUGACGGUUGGCGGAGGAGCGCUUCAAACGUGGCCGAGGACUGACCGGAGAGAGAGAGACAGAGAGAGCGGACAACCAGAGCCCCGAUAGCGGCUCAGAAGCGAAACGCUUCAAGUUCAGGAUGGAAGCCAGGAAGAGGGAGGCAGCGAGGGAGGAAACCGAGCAGAGCAAAAAGGGGACCUCAUUCAUCCCGUCGGGAUCAGCUGAGAACGGAGGUGACCAGGCAAGAGAUAUGACUGCAGCCACGGGUUCAGCAAAUGGAGAGAGCAGUCUGGUCAAAAGAGGAGGCGUCUCAGUUGGUGAAAAUCAAGACUUUGAAUCGUCCGAACCAGCUCCCAAAGUGGAUGGUGCGGAGUCUCGCCCUUUCCCCGACUGUAACGUUGUGAUUUCUCGCGCUGAGUGCCGUCGGAAACAGAGCAGAAGACAUCGCGGACACCAUCGAGACGCGUCAGCCGCACGACCUGCUCGUAGCUUAAAUUCUCCUUCCCAGCAGAGAGUGCGUCAGGGAUCUCCCGCGUAUACUGUCGCGGAAAAGGGGUUUGCUCAAACAGGACCUGUACAGAGUCACCAGCAAUCGAUCUUAUCCGAGAGACCGUAUCAGUGUACCGAAUGCGAAAAGAAUUUCACGACGUCCGGGAACCUCAGAGUGCACCAGCGAUCGCACACAGGAGAGAGACCCUACAAAUGUGCCGAGUGCGGAAAGACUUUCACACGUUCGGAGCACCUACAGGUACACCGUCGAACGCACACCGGAGAGAGGCCGUAUCGCUGCGCUGAAUGCAGAAUAAGUUUCGCAAAAUCAGGGGACCUCACGAGACACCAGCGCUCACACACAGGAGAGAGACCCUAUAAAUGUGCCGAAUGCGGAAAGAGUUUCACGCGGUCAGGGCAGCUCCAGGUACACCACCGAUCGCACACCGGAGAGAGGCCGUACAAAUGUGCCGAAUGUGGAAUAUGUUUCACAACCUCGGGUGACCUGCAGAGACACUGUCGGUUGCACACAGGAGAGCGACCGUAUAAAUGUGCCGAAUGUGGGCAGAGUUUCACCCAGUCGGGGAAUCUCCAGAUACACCAGCGAUCGCACACGGGGGAGAGACCGUACGCGUGUGCCGUGUGCGGGCGGAGUUACACGCAUUCGGGGGACCUCCAGAUACACCAGCGAUCGCACACAGGAGAGAAACCGUACAGUUGUGCCGAAUGCGGGCAGAGUUUCACACGCUCGGGGGACCUCCAGAUACACAAGCGAUUGCACACAGGAGAGAAGCCGUACAAAUGCUAUGAGUGUGGGCGGAGUUUCACAACGUCCGGGCAUCUCCAGGUACACCAUCGAUCGCACACCGGGGAGAAACCGUAUGAAUGUGCCGAAUGCGGAAAGCGUUUCUCACGGUCAGGCAACCUCAAGGUACACGAGCGAUCGCACAGCGGAGAGAGACCCUACAAGUGCGCCGAAUGCGGAAAGAGUUACACAACCUCCGGGGUUCUCCAGAUACAUCAUCGAUCGCAUACAGGAGAGAGGCCGUACGUGUGCGCCGCAUGUGGGAAGAGUUUCACGCAAUCGGGGAACCUCCGGAGUCACCAGCGCACGCACGCGGCGGCUGCGGCUGUGUUCGGGUGCCGAACGUGAAUGAGCUUCGCGCGUGCAUGCAGGGCAUCUGCAGAGACGCCAUCGAUCGCACCCAGGAGCGAACGCGCAUGUCGUCGAACGUGAAAAGAGUUUCACAUCUUCGGAAGUUCCUAAAGGUACACCAGCAAUCACACGGGCAGGAGAGAGAGAGAGAGACCAUAUAAACGUGCAGACUGGACAACUGUCCUUCCGACCGUACUGGAGAGGCCGCACGGGAGCGACUGCGUUAGUGCCUUGAACGUGGGCAGAGGUUUGCUGUUUCCAAGCAGAAGAAAGUUCGGGAAUGCCUUGAAAGAUUCUGCUACUGCAGGAAAGCGUUCCGGGAGCGGGUACUGCUCACAGCAAACAAGAGAAGCUGCUGUGAGAUAAAAAAGUAAUGGUACUGUUUUGAGGUACAGCGAAUAUGUUAAGGCACAAGUACGACGGUUUGUCCCCUUUUUCUCCUAACCGUGUUACCACC